CGGGAGGUAGAACCUUUUGGCGAUAUAUUGAUGUUAGUUGGGGUGGCCGGACGCAGGCGCAGACAUCACGGAUUGGCACCGGUUACGGGCACGGGCGGGGGUCUUCGAAAUGGUCGAUAUUUUAGCUAUAGUGUCUAUAGUGGCGCGAGGCUUUCCCGAGGCCAGUCCGGUCUGUUUAUUACGAGAUUUCCUUUCUUAAUUAAAAAUUCAUCGCUACGUGAAGUGAGCCGAGUGUGCGAGGUGAAGCCGCCCCGUCGCAGGCUUUCGUGUCGUCCGUGAACAUUUUUACAGGAGAUGGCGGGUCAGGAUCCUAAGUGGCAGAAAGAUGCCGCGGAUCAGAAUUUCGAUUACAUGUUCAAGCUUCUCAUCAUUGGGAACUCCUCCGUCGGCAAGACUUCCUUCCUCUUCCGGUACGCAGACGAUUCCUUCACUUCAGCCUUCGUCUCGACCGUUGGAAUUGACUUCAAAGUGAAGACUGUCUUCAGACACGAUAAAAGAGUCAAGCUUCAAAUUUGGGACACAGCAGGACAGGAACGAUAUAGGACUAUCACAACGGCCUAUUACAGAGGCGCGAUGGGCUUCAUACUCAUGUAUGACAUAACCAACGAGGAAUCCUUCAAUUCUGUGCAAGAUUGGGUGACGCAGAUAAAGACCUACUCGUGGGACAAUGCUCAGGUUAUCCUGGUGGGCAACAAAUGCGAUAUGGAGGACGAGAGGGUUAUUAGUUUCGAGAGAGGCAAACAGUUGGCCGAUCAGUUGGGUGUCCAAUUUUUUGAAACUUCAGCCAAGGAAAAUAUCAAUGUGAAGGCCGUCUUCGAGCGGCUAGUGGAUAUAAUAUGCGACAAGAUGAGCGAAUCCCUGGACAGCGAUCCGACCCUAAUGGCUGGGGGUGGUGGACAAGCAAAAGGCCAACGACUCACCGAUCAGCCGGCUAAUCCUGCGAAUACCAACUGCAACUGCUAAAAAAAGCACGAAGUACACGUCUCUACGUGGAGUGUCGAUGUUAGCUAGCUAGUCCAUCUUCUUCGUCGUUCCUUUGUUUAUUAUUUAUUUAUUAUUCUUUAUUUAACAUGAUGGUCGUGGCCCGAUCACUGCUACUCCGGUGUACAAGCUCACUUAUAACCAAUCCUACUCUCAGAGAAGACGUCGUUUACUUUGGCUUCGGGCAUCAAAUUUUGUCUUUGCACCCCUUUUGUCAAAUCGUCUACUCAGUCAUUCGAAUAGCUAAUCAAUCAGCCAUUCAACCCACUCACCCCUUAUCACAAUAGGAAAUGCCAUUAACGUCUCUUCCUUGAACCCUAUGAAAUAUGAAGAUGCUUGAAUUCAAAUUGACGAUGUCGUUAAGCACAACUACUUUACAUUGGAAGCUCCUUAAAGCUUGGACACCAGAGUAUGGUCAUCAUGACGAUGUUAAUAGAGAUUUACGGCGUGCGAAGGGAUAAAUGGUAGUGCAAUAUCGCGUACCUGGAGGAACUCACGUCGUAUAUAAACAAUCGUAUUAAACGCGAAGGAAAAAAGCCAGACGAAGUAUAUUCCACGGUAAUUUUCUCUUGCGCGGUCGGUAAGAAGAUUCUCGCCCUUAUCACGCAUGCGCAUAUAUUUACCAGAUAUCCGGUACCUCGUGUACUCUUACUAUACGAUUCCUUCCACUCUCGUUUAUCGACCAGACAGAUUCGCCUUAUAUUUUAAUCCGUACAAAAUGUAUACGAAGGAAUCUAAAAUGAGAUACCAAAGAGAAGGAUAUCCGAUAUUAUCCGGAAACUCCGGAAUGACAAAAUCUCUCCUAUUUAUACCAUCUUGACGUUGACGUUCGCCCAGUCGAUAGGUCCACAGUCACGUAUACUAUCACCUCUUGUCACAUUGUGUUAUUGGUCGAAAGUUGCGUUCGACGAGUGUGACCGAGCCCUUACCAAAGUUACCAUAGGCGAUCCACUUCGGUGUCUGCUGAGAAUCUCGAAUCGACUUUUAUUUGAUUUACAUUGAAAAUUUCUUCCAAGCUUAAGAGGCAGACAUGCAGCUCACUGACGGCUGCAAAAAGGGAAGAGAAACAAAAAUUAGUAGAAAGAUAAGAUCUGAUAAGCAUCCUCGCGUAAUCCGAUAUCCUUUCAAACGCCGUGAACGAAGUUCCCUACUAGGCAAGCCUGCCCUCUGUACAUAAAAUAUAUUAUUGAAUCUGUAAUGAAGUGUAAUAUGUAACGCGUUACUUAUCCGUGUGAAUUUAAAAAAAAGGAACGGCACCUAUUCUUCUUGCGGAAUAGUUACCGACAAUGGUAAAAAAACCAAAAAAGACAAGAAAAUGAACCAAAAAAAGAAAAAGAUAAGAAAAUGAAAAACCAGCCCGCGCCACCGUAUUUUCGAACGAUUUCUUAUUAUAUUAUGACGUCACCGACAUCCGAGUUAUAUAAUUUUUUUGUCAUAUGAAUUUAUUCGGUAUCGAUCUAUAUAUACACGCGCGCGUAUACGGACGUACGAAUAGACAAAGAAAAUCUUAAAAUAAAAGGGAGGAAACAGAGAACAAAAAAAUAAAGAACAGCACGAGCGAAGAAAUAAAAUUCGUUUGGCCCUCACCCUUCGCCCCCUCUUUGUUACGUUCACAAAAGGAGAAAGUGGAGAUUCCAAUUAUUCUAAUGACGUGUAACGGGUAUACUAUUUAUAAAACGUUAAGAAAAAAGAAACAUAUACGUAGGCAUAUGUAUAUAGUAUACACAAGAUUUAUAUAUAUAUAUACGUACGUAUAUAUAAACAAUAUACAUGAAAGACAUAGAAGACAAAACGGAAAAAAAGGAUACAAUUAAAAAAAUUAUAUAUACAUAUAUUAGAGAAUCACCGGUGGACGGGCACUUGUAUGUAUGUAUUGUAACGUAUGUAACUAUUAUGCCUAAUAAUAACAAUAAUAAUAAUACUAUUAAUAAUAUUAAUAUUAAUAUACUAUUACUUACUGGAACUAACUUCGCAGAUGUUACGUUGAUCGUUUAUAAACAUUUAGCAUAAUCCUAGUGGAUAUUUGAGGUUAAUGUUUUCAACGAUAUCCAAUCUGCCGCCGGUGUACGUGCACGGAUACGUCUUGACUUAGUUUAAAAAAUUGCGUGGUCAAUAAAGUAGAAAGAAAUAUACGAAUAAUGACGUAAGAAAAAAGGAUAGACACCGGUACAUGUACGCAGGUUUUCUUGUUUAUUAGUUAUUUCGUAUAAACAGAGACGCACGUUCGGCCAUUACGGGCAACGGAAAUUGUUAGAGAUGCAUAAUAAUUUAAUAGUAAAGCAUGCACGAUAAUGAGGACGUAAAAGGAGAGAAAGAAAGAAAAAGAAGCUCCAAUUUACAAUACGUGUACAAAUAAUUGACACUUUCAAGGUCCAAGCGAGUUUUGAGUAUUUGAGAAGAACAAUAGCUACCGUUAAAUUCCCGCCGCUUUUCCGCCGUGAAAAGGUAAAGGCACGUUCACGCGUAUGCUCCUCGUAGUUGAGUUUCUGUCCGGUAGGAAAAUCUGUCAUGUUUAUGCGUGCUCCUCUGUCAUGAGUUUCAGCCAUUUCUUUGCUUCUCAAUAACUGUCUCUGUUUUUGUUGUUCGAAAGAUCAUUAGCUCUGUGUUUAUUGCUCUUGGGAAUAUACGAGAACUCGAGUCCUGCAGCAAUCCUGAUGCGAAGUUAACUGCUUGUAUUGUGAGAAAUGAAGUUGGCUACAGUCCUUUGA